UGGGAGAGCGCCACCGAGUUGGAUGAAGUUUGACGCGCUGGUUGCGUGCAGACAAACAGACUGACAGACAAGCAAAGGCGCUGUAAACUAUGCAGGAUAUUUCUUUGAGACUGGACUGAAUUUACUAGUUUGAGCCUGAUAAGACGUCCGGCGCCUCCAGUCGCAAGUAUGACCAUGACAGGAGCUAUAAUAUCCUCCACCUACGCUUAGUGUGUGAUUGUGUGCUGCAGCCAUUCAAGACGGUGAUCACUUUUUGGUCCGUGUGUGUGUGUGAGUUAGUGUGUGUGUGCGCGCGCGCGUCACGCGUCAACAAGUGGAUGGAAACUUUUCUUUAUAUUUUUGAAUCAAUUGGUUCUUGGGGACCGCACAGUGUGGAGAUUUAGCCGGUUAAUCGUCUUCUUUUCAUACUUUGUAGUCGGAAUGAGUGGACCAGUACUUUUCCAUCUGUGCGUGCUUUUAUUUUUGGUGAGUGCAGCCGCAGUGGUGAGAGCUCAGGUCUCCACAGCCAAAGUCAUGAAGGGCAACAUCAGGAGAGAUGAUCCAAACCAGACAGUGAUGGGAGUCCUGAAAGGAAAAAAAAAAAAAGAAGAAACAAAUACAAGGAACUCUCCCAAUGCUAAGAUGUACUUGUACCGGAAAUGUGACAACGUCACCGUCACGUCGGCGGGCGGAGUCAUCCACAGCCCACGUUACCCCAACUCGUACCCACGGAACCUGCUGUUGUUAUGGAAACUGGUGUCGCCGCCAGGAAGCACAAUACACCUGGAGUUUGACAGUCACUUCGGUCUGGAGGAGGCAGAGAACAACGUGUGCAGGUAUGACUUUGUUGAAGUGGAAGACCGAUCAGAGACAAGCACGAUAAUUUGGGGUCGCUGGUGUGGGCAGAAAGCACCGCCUAGUCUCAACUCCAAAUCCAACAUCCUCAGAAUCACCUUCAAAUCUGAUGAUUACUUUGUAGCAAAGCCCGGAUUUAAAGUCUACUACUCUUUACGGAAUGACACUCCUCUGACUGCGUCCCAAACCAACUGGGAGGCUGUCACCAUGUUGGAUGACAGUCCUGUUGGACCAGUGGCCGUCACAGAGGUUCCUCUGUCUUUGGAAGACCUGGAUCGAACCAUAGCUGCCUUCGACACUGUGGAACAGCUUCUCAAAUCCCUGAACCCAGAUACCUGGAGACAAGACCUGGACAGCAUCUACACCCAAACACACAUUCAUUAUAGAUCUAGGGCCUACCACCUGGCAAGCAGGCACAACAAAGUUGACCUGAAUCGCCUCUAUGAUGAUGUCAAGCGGUACAGCUGCACCCCUCGCAACUAUUCCAUAAACCUUCGCGAGGAGCUGAGGACAACCAACGCCGUCUUCUUCCCUCGUUGCUUGCUGGUCAAGCGCUGUGGGGGCAACUGUGGCUGCGGCACCGAUAACUGGAACCAAGGGUGCACCUGUCAGGCCGCUAAGACCACGCUGAAACUACAUGAGGUGCUCAAGUACGCCCCGGAGACUACUCUGUACCAGCGGCAUCGCAGGCCGAGAGUGCGAUGGGUCAUUGAUGAGAUCUUCCUCACACACCACGACAAGUGUGAAUGUGCCUGUCCCUCCCAGGCCCCUCGCUGAGACACCGACAUGAAAUAUCUGGAACUGUUGGACUCGAUUUGACUUGCAAUGUAUUUUGCCUUGGACUUUUCAUACAGUACAAGCAGUUACACAGAAAAAAUGCAGCAAAGAAGUCAUUUCACUGAUGAUCUCAACCCAUAACGUAACAUAAAAGUCACUUCACAUGCACAUGUGCUCUUCUUCUGAGGAAUACACUUGAACCUCAACAGUGAUGAAAUAUGAAUAGUUUUGAUUACAGAAAUUUUAGAAGCUCUUCUGCCACUAUUGCAGUGGUGAUCGUGUGGCAGAAGGAAGGGCUGAGAGGGUGGAGGAGGACCUGUGAACCAAGCUGACCCUCAUUCCUGCCUAAAGACUAACCCAGCGGUUAUUUAGAAAACGGAAUUCCCCACCCUUCUGUUUUUUUCCACACAGCCCUUCUUUGUUUUGCACACAUUCCUGUCUGGAAGAAUGUCAGCAUCCCUUUGUCUUUCCUUCUGCCCAUACAUUCCCCUCCCUUUUGUUUGCUUCUCACUGUCUCCUCUAACAUGCACACAGAGAUCACACACACACUCAUCCCAAACACAUCAGAGAAGAUGUCAGCACAGGCCACUGCACUCUGCCUAGUUUUUUGAGCAUUCCAGCCAUUCCAUCCGCUAUCUGGCAAUUCUGCUCCACGGAUAAAACCAAGCUCCUCAGAUCUGAAUAGCUUCAAAGAACAGAGAAGAAGGAAGUCUAACAGAAAGAAAUGACAUCCAGCAGAUGUGACAGGGAUGUUCAAUAUACAGUAUAGACAAAAGGUCCACCCCAAUAAAUCUAAUUAAACAUGGGUCUCUUGGUUGCCCCUUAAUCUUAAUUAUUCAUCCUAUCAAUACAUUCCAACUGUAUGGGAACAUUGAGGGGAGCCAUAUCUUUUCCAGAAUGACAUUGCCGCAGUGCGUAAAGCAAGGUCCAUAAAUUCAUGUUUGGAUGAGUUUGUCAUGGAAAAACUUGCACAAAGCCCUGACCAAAGGCCCAUCAAGCACCUUUGGGAUGGCCAAGAACACAGAUGCCAGGCUUCCUUGCCCAACAUCAGUGGAAAGGGACAUCACAAACACAAUACUUCCCAAAGACACACUGUAAAGCCACAUUGACACUUGCACCAAUGUUGUCCCUGCAGUUGCACGCAAUUUUGCAUGGCAGUAUGCAAAGAAACAUUUUAAAUGUUCAACA